ACAGUAAGUCCCCUCUUUCAUUCCCGAGCUGCAACAUUGAUACUGUAACGGGAAUUAUUCAAUCCUGGCUCCGCUUAUGGAGACGCCGAGGUUGUGAGUCAAAGAGUCGAGUUGCCCGCUCAUAUGUAUGAAUAUGAAUAUGAAUAAUACCCGCUUGUAGCUUUGAGUAGUGACCAUUCUCUCCAAGUGGUAGAAUUGCGCUAUUGCGCUCCCGAAAAGACUUGCGGGUACUUGAGUUGGGUUGCAUGAAGUUAUCGUCGUCACGUGUUCUGAGUCAUUUACUUGGUCAUCAGAGCUGCAUCAAACAUGCUUCAAGGAAGAGAUUUUUGGUGGCUGUAUUACGAGAUGUGAUAUAAGAGAUUAUUUAAUACUGUUUAGAAAGUCCAAUUCAAAGUCCAUCAUUGCAAUUAUAUUCCUUCAAAUCUUUGACUAAUUCCAAAAUUUACUCUUCAAAACCCACAUCUCAUCUCUCUCCAACCAUAUAUAAGAUCAUGAACCCACAAGAUCUCAACGAAAAGGCACACCCAAUCUCCCUCAACUUCAUCGAAACUCGCAAAGACUCAAUCACAAGUUCCCCAUCCCUCCUAUCCCAAAUGCGUCACCGUCUCCGCUUCAUCUCCUUCUGGAACAUCAAACCUGGCUCUCGCGUCCUAGAAAUUGGUUGCGGACAAGGUGAUACGACUGUUGUACUCGCUGAUGCCGUUGGUGAGGAUGGACAUGUUGAUGCUAUUGAUCCGGGGAGUUUGGAUUAUGGCUCCCCCCAAACCCUCGGCCAAGCACAACAACACAUCAAAUCCUCUCCCCUCGGCCCGCGCGUCACAUUCCACUGCCCAAUGGAUACAAUAACCUACCUAACCUCCUACACCGGCCCAAAAUACGACUACGCAGUCCUCUCCCACUGCAUAUCCUACUUCCCCCACCCCACAACCCUACCCACCCUCCUCACCUCUCUCGGUCCACACACCACCAAACUCUGCAUCGCAGAAUGGUCCCUCUCCCCCUCCCUCCUCUCCCCCGCCCCAUCAACCCCACACAUCCUCGCCACCCUGCUCUUCACCUACAUGGAGACCCUCCUCUCUUCCCCCUCGGAAAACAAUAUCCGCACCGCUCUAUCGCCUGCGCAGAUCAAAGCCUCGGUACCCUCGAGGUUUAGGUUGGAGAGAGAGGAAAUGCUGGAGACGGAUAGAGAGAUGCAGGAUGGGUAUUGGGAGGUUAAGGAUUUGCUGGGGAGGGGGAAGAGGGAGUGGUGGGGUUUAGAUGAGAUUGCGAGGGAUGAGAAGGAGAGGGCUGUGCUUGAGGGGUGGUUUUGGGCGCUGAGGGAGGCGACGGAAGCGGUCGGUGGUGUCGAGGAGGUUAGGUGUAUGAGGGUUUGGGUUGGGGUAUUUGGGUUGGGGGGUGAUGGGGAGGCUUAGUUUUGGUUUCUGGGCGAGAGAGAGAGGUGGGUUUGAGGUUGUUUUUGAUUUAAGCUCGAUUGAUUGUUGAUAUCCUUAGAUAUUUUGCCUUUUGCUCUGUGUUAUUUAAAAAUUUUAGUCUGUUCUCUGUAUUCCUGUUAUUCUGGCUAAGCAUACUGCAUCUGAGCUAGAAGUGAGGAGAGUCAAGCGUUGGCGUGCAGUUCUAGCUUUUGUUUUUGCUAGAAGUCCUUUUCCGAACCUUACAUACUUCUAUCAAAAAAUUCAGAAUCUCAUACCAAUCAUGUUCCCUCGUAAUUCAAGUUCAUAAC